AUGGGGGCUUGGGCCCUGUUGCUGCCGCUGCUCGUGGCCACGGCCCAGGCCCAGGUCUGCUCUGUGACCAACACCUACUUGGAAGUCCGGGAGAACACGAACAGAAGCGAGCCCCUGGCUGACAUCUACGUCCCUGACGGCCAGCAGGUGACCCUCGGGGCCUCGUCCACUCCCUCGGCGUUUCGGAUCCAGGGGACUCAGCUGUUCCUCAACGUGACUCCUGACUAUGAGAGCCACACGAUGCUGCAGGCGCACCUGGAGUGCAGAAGAGGCGACACUGUGGUGACUCAGCUGCGCGUGUUUGUGCUUGUGCUGGACAUCAAUGACAAUGUGCCCGAGUUCCCCUUCGUGACCAAGGUUGAGACUGUGUCUGAGGACACUAAAGUGAACACCACUGUCAUCCCUGAGACCAGACUGAAGGCCCAGGAUCCCGAUGAGAAUGACAUCUUGUUCUAUACCCUCCAGGAGGUGACCCCGGGUGCCAGUAACUUCUUCUCCUUGGUGGGUGCCAACCUCCCCGCCUUGCGGCUGGACCAGACACUGGACUUCUACAGGUGGCAGAACAUGACCUUCCGGCUGCUGGCGCGGGACACGCAGGAGGAGAAUGUGGAGCCCAGCCACACGGCCACGGCCACCCUGGUCCUGGAGGUGCAGCCUGCUGACCUUCGACCCCCCUGGUUCCUGCCCUGCGCCUAUUCAGACUCUAACGUCUGCAUCCAAGCCCAGUACCACGGGACUGUCCCCACAGGGCACAAACUGCCGGACCCCCUCAUCCUGCGUCCGGGGCCCAUCUAUGCCGUGGACGGGGACUGGGGCAUCAACCAGCAUAUCCUCUACAGCAUCGUGAGCGAGCAAGACGAUGGCACGUUUGUCGUGGAUGCUGACUCGGGCAACCUCACCAUGAGCAGGGCUGUCCCCAGCCCGAAGAUCUUCACUCUGGUGGUCAAGGGUGAGCAGGCGGACCAUGCCCGCUACUCGGUGACCCAGGUCACGAUCGAGGCCCGAAAUGCCAACGGGAGCCUGCUCCACUUCCCCGAGAGCUGGUACCGCGGCACCGUGGCGCUCGGCUCUGGCGCAGGCGUUCCGGUCAGGGAUGCGGCCUCCCCCUCCCAGCCUCUGAGGAUCUGGGCCUGGGACCCUGACUUUCCGGACCUCAACUCGGCCAUCACCUACCGUAUCACGAAUAACACCAACUUCCGGAUGGACGGCGAGCACUUGUUGACUGCUGCCCUGAUGGCACACAAGGGGGUCUUCUAUGCAGAGGUGGAGGCCAAGAACACAGUGACCGCAAACGUAGCAAGCACAGUGGUGGAAAUACAGGUCCUGGAGCCGGAGGCGCCCACCCCCACAGGCCCCCCAGAGCCCCCCACAUCCCCAGAAGCUGGAGGAACAGCGAGCAGAGCCACCACUGCGGAAGCCCCCAGGCCCCCGGGGCCCUCUCAGGGGCCCUCCACGACCAGCUCUGGGUGGGGCACAAGCCCGCACCCCCCCUCAGGCACAACUCUGAGGCCCCCUGCCUCAUCUACGCCUGGGAGGCCCCCCAGUGUGGGAACCGGCACCUCCCUCCCGCCAGCCUCACCCAGCGGGGGCUCAACACAGAUGCUGCAGCCAGGAACCUCUCAGCCGAUGUCCCCUGGGCCCAGCGGGGCCCCCCAGCCCUCAGGGACGCCAGGGUCUGGAGGCGGUGGCGCGGCGGGCGACGGCGGGCCGGGUGGCAGCCACGCCGAGGACCAGCGCUUCUCCUCCGUGGAGAUGGCGGCCCUGGGCGGGGUGCUGGGUGCGCUGCUGGUCCUGGCUCUGAUCGCACUCCUGAUCCUCGUCCACAAGCAUUACGGCCACCGGUUCAAGUGCUGCUCUGGCAAAGCUCAGGAGCACAGGGAGCCGCAGGUCUCCAGCUUUGACAACCAGGCCUUCUGUGCCCCCCAAGAGGCCAACUGGGCGCCGGCUCCCAGCCCCUCACCUGCCCCCACCCUGGCUGUGGCCCCGGAGCCUGAACCCCCAGAGCCCCCCAGCAUCAAAUUCCUAGACCCUGCCUCAGAGUCCCCAGAGGUGGCCCAGGAGGGGGGCAGUCCCACAGCCGUAAGGUCCAUCCUGACCAAGGAGCGGCGGCCGGAGGGCGGCUACAAAGCGGUGUGGUUUGGCGAGGACAUCGGGGCUGAAGCCGAUGUGGUGGUGCUCAACGAGCCCACGUCAGACGUGGCUGACGCCGCCGACUCUGGCAGCGAGGACAGCAGUGACGAGGCUCAGGGCCCGGGCGGGGGUCCCUACGACAGUGCUAGCUCCACCUGUAUCUAGCUGGGCUCCCCGGCCUCCCCGCUGGCCCACCCCGGGGUUGGCCGGCUGCUUGCUCGCCCCACCGCACUGUGCACAAUAAAUCAACAGUU